AUGUCGAAUACUAGAAGUCACUAUUCGUUAGAUGAUCUCGCACAAGAGAUUUUGAGUCGGAUAUUUGUAGUAUUAGGGGCAGAAUCUGCGAAAGACAUCGUCUCUGCACGACUUUCUUCAAAUAAGAUGUAUGAAGCGGGGGGUGAUCCUCAAGUGUACAGAACAACAUGCAUGGACAUGUUUGAAGGAAUGGGUCCCAAAAAUCUGAAAGCUGAUUUAUUUAUACGCACAUGUGCAUUGCAUAAUAACAUUGAAGCCAUUUUCAGACAAGGAAUUGAUGAGUGCUUUUGUUAUGGCAAUUUUGGUUUAGGAUUGACUUUGUUGAGACAAGUAGCAUAUGAAGAUCAUCUUGAGGCAAUUUAUUUGCUUGGAAUCAUCCACAUUUCAAGAGGGCCUCAUCUAUGUGAUGAAGGUUUACAAUUACUUGAUGCCUAUUUUGGUUGGGCAGUUCUGGAUGAUGGGGAGUACAUGGGUGUUGUUGAUAGUGCCAAAGAGUUGUUGUAG